GUUCUACCAUUGCUCAGUAUCUAGCCAGUAGAGACCCUCUGAGGCUGACAGCGGCUCACUGACUCACUGAGAAGGAUGACACCCAGUAUGUUACAGAGGAAAGGGGGAGCAAAGGGCUGCGCAUUGUGAAUAAGUCUCUAAAAGAAGAGGAGGGAUACAACUGCAUGACUUUAGAGGGAAAGAAUCAUGUCUUAGAGGAGGAGUUGUCUGGACAGAAUUGAGCGGCCUCUGUAGACCGGACCAGCCCGGGUUUGGCCUACUGUUGCACGGAAUACCGACCGUCACGCGCGCUGUCUCUGUCGGAAGCCGCUCCGCAGAUUAUUCAAGAUGCAAACAUCUGGUCUGCAAGGCCGUUAAACCAAUCCACUGCUGCAUCUUCCGAGAAAGACGUGUUUGUGCGUGCACAUCUGAUUGCAUACAAGAGAGAGAGACGGUGAGUGCGCGCGCGUGUGUGCGUGUGUGUGUGUGUGUGUGUGCGUGUCUCUGUGUUUGCGUGUGUGAACGCGCGCGUGAUUGUGUGUCGCCAUGAGUCUGGUGUCGGGGUUCCCUCACCACCCGGUCAUGCACCACCACGACAGCCACCACUACUCCUUACAUGCGGCGGCGGCUGGUCGGUGUCACGAGGACACCGGGGCCCCUCCGUACUUCACGAGCUGGUUGAUAAGCCACGCGGAUAUGUCUCCCACCGAAUAUAGCCUCGCACCCAGCUACAGCCCAGAGUACCAUGGCAACAGUGGCGGCGGGUCCGCCGGCGGCAUGGACCCCCACCAUCACCAUCACCACCAUUACGGACCCGGCGGCUUGGUCCCGGGGGCCGGGCCGAUCUCGGUGAACGGAACCACGGUCGGCAUGCACCCCCACCACACGCACCCUCGGCCCGUGAAGAGGAGACCCACGGCCAACCGGAAGGAGAGGCGGCGGACCCAGAGCAUCAACUCGGCCUUUGCGGAACUGAGGGAGUGUAUCCCCAACGUGCCGGCCGACACUAAGCUGUCCAAGAUCAAGACGCUGAGGCUGGCGACCAGCUACAUCUCCUACCUGAUGGACAUCCUGGACAAGGACGGACAGCAAGGAGACACGCUGGCCUUUAAGGCCGAGCUGAAGAAAACAGAGGCCCGGGAGGAGCGGAGGAAGAGAGAGGCGGUGGAGAUCCCGAAGACAACGUUGUCAUCAUCCUCCUCGUCAUCCUCCUCGUCGGCGAGCGAUAAGAAGAGUAAAGGCCGUACGGGUUGGCCUCAACAUGUCUGGGCUCUGGAACUCAAACAGUAGCGCCUCCCUCCCCCAGAAGCCUUUACCUUCUCUAGCUAAGUCCUCGAGGGGAAUGAUGGGACAUCAAUGAGCCGCCCGACUGACUGGUGGCACCCAUCGUGAUCUCUGUGGACCUCGAGGCUGCUGACUUCCCACACAGCGGUGGACGCGAUGGUGGUUGUAGCCUUCAGCUCCUUUCCGUUCUGCUAUUGCAAGGCACAAGGAAAGUGAUUCGUUGGAGUUCUUCAUAGAACUUCAUUUCAGAUGUAUGACACACACACUACUUUCAUCAGCAAAGGCGCUUUCUGCAGGUUUGCUCUCUACAAGGGUUUGACUCUGAAUUUGGAUUUAAUCCUUCCAUUUGACCCCACGAUAGUAACCCAGAAGCAAAAAUGGUUAAUUUUAUCUUAGAUACAUACAAAUAGAAUUGUCAGUAUGGUAAAUUCACAUUCUAGAUGGAAAUGAUCGAUCAUCAUGGCCAUGUAAUGUCAGUGGGAACUCGGGAUAGAUCUAAAAUAGGCUAUGCCAUCCAUAGGGCUGCAGGGGAUGAAGAUGUGAACAUUACACAUCAUUUAUACAUUUGAGCAAGUAAAUCAUAGGAUCCUCUGUGACACUCUUCCAGCUUACCAAGCGUUGAUAACGUAUUUGGAGGUAAUGGAUGCUUUUGAGUAAUGUCAUGUGGAAUUAGAGUGGUCUUUUAAAAACUGGGGCUACAACAGAGAAGCUUCAUACAGCGCAGUGCAGCGGAGCCCGUCUUCCUGGAAUCAUUCCUCAUUCUCUCCUUCACCCUCACACACACGCACGCACACACACACACACACACACACACACACACACACACAGGCGUGCGCGAUGUUGACGUGAUCCUUGCUUUAUUUAACGGAAUAUAUUUAUGUGCAAUGUGGCCAUUUAGAAGGACCCGAAUCGGUCUAUGAAUGUCAUUAUGACAUUUACUGGCCUUUGAUUAAGCCGACAAGGUGUAUGUGAAGUUCUCUCCCUCUCUCUCUCUCUCUCUCUCUCUCUCUCUCUCUCUCUCUCUCUGUCACACACACACACACAAACACACACACAAACACACAAACAGACACACUAACUCUCACUCUCUCUCUUUUCCCUCCCUACAAUUUACAGUUGUAAAUGUAAUGAUGUCACAAUGGUGACGAAGUGUAGAUGUUGUGUUGUGUGUAGACAGUGCUUUAUGUGGGCUGUAAUCAGCGUCAUGAAUUUAAUAAAACCCCUGGUUACAUGGUAACUGAAGCAAACUG